AUGCCGGCUAGGUUCCAAUUGGGGUGGUAUCGAUGGGUACCAUUCCUGGGCUACCACCAUGUAUUGAUGAUCCUGAUCGCGGUGGCGAUAAUAUUGUUGUCCCUCCUCCUUGCGGGUUGCUCGUCCUCCUCACCCCUCAUCCCCGAUAUCUUCUUGCUCUCUCUCUACUACGAGCGGUAUACGGCAGUACCAGAUACGGCGCAGGUCGACUACAACGUCAACAACGCGAUCGCUAAUAUUGUGGGCGGCGCUCGCCUCCAAGCCCGUGUCGGUUAUUUUGGCAUUUGCGUGAGCCCUGACGGCGGCUCGUGGCUCUGCAGCAACAAUGCGACCACACUCGCCAACGAAGUCUCGGUUGAUCAAGACCCGUUGAACUUGAUUUGGCUGGCUAGUCAGUUUAAGGACAUGAUUGUUUUCCCUUACCUUCUGAUCAUCGCCAUCAUCUUCGCCUUCAUCUGUCUCCUUCUGCUCGCCACCUUCCCCGGAUGGCACGAAGAAGAAGACAGCGAAGGCUCGGAGCGCGAAGUCAAGCCUUUCCCCUCCCGGCCCGUCAGCCAAGUCGCACUGGCGAUCAUCUUCAUCGCGUCCAUCUUCGUCCUCGUCUCCGUUCUCUGGCAACACACAGCAUCGGUAGCAGCCAGUAUCAUCGCGCAAGAUCUGGCCAAUGGCAGCGUGCUGUCUGGGGUCGGGUCAUCAGCAAUGGUGAUGGGUUGGUUCAGCUUUACACUACUGAUUAUCGUGACUAUUGGGUUAUUAGUCAUGAUUUUGAGUAUGCAGGUGUUGGAGCAUAUUAUGGAUUGA